AUGCGUCCCGCCUUGAUUCUAUCUCUCUUCCUCGGCGCCGUCAUGGCUGUCGAUGACGUCUCGCGCGCUCCGCACGCUGUCCAGGCCAGAGCCGGACCAGGCGCCGGCCACGCCCUCCUCCAUGAGGCAUUCGUAUACAAACGAGAGGGCAAGGGGAAAAAGAGCCAGCCGAAACAACCAAGCCCGAAGCCCGGCCAACGUCCUGAUCCCCCACGUUUCCCCGGCGGCGGCCGUAAUUGA